UAUCUUGUAGUGACAAUUAGUAUUUCAUUUACGUUCGUUCAAAAUAGUUGACUACUAUUUUCUAACGUAAUUAAUCGUUGAAAAAACAUUUUAAGUAUCGAUAAUUGUAGAUCUUUGGAUUUUAAAUUAUUUCUAUUUCCUCAUUUGAUACUUACAGAUUAUUUCUGUUUUUGUUUUUGUAAUUUUUUUGCGUGUUCUUUUCUAUAGAAUAAAAAUAUAAACAAUGGCUCUCGCUAGUAUGCAAAGGAAAACCAAUGUGCGAUUACCUCCGGAGAUAAACAGAGUUCUAUACAUAAGAAAUUUACCUUACAAAAUAACAGCUGAAGAGAUGUACGAUAUUUUUGGAAAAUAUGGUGCUAUUCGUCAAAUUAGAGUAGGAAAUACUCCUGAUACAAGAGGAACAGCGUUUGUAGUAUACGAAGAUAUAUUUGAUGCAAAGAAUGCCUGCGAUCACUUGUCUGGAUUCAAUGUUUGCAACCGAUACUUAGUUGUUUUAUAUUAUCAGUCAACCAAAGCGUUUAAAAAAUUGGAUACUGAUAAAAAGAAAGCAGAAUUAGAAAAAGUAAAAAUGAAGUAUGGUUUGAGUGAAGAAAAUUAGAGGUGAUUUAUUUCAUUUGGUUCGGCUGACACAGAUUAAAGACAUAUUAUAAUGUAUUGAUUUCACUAUACCAUAAUAUGUAAAUAUAAAACUAAUAAAUAUGUGUU